AUGGAGCUGGAGCACUUCGAUGAGCGGGACAAGGCUCAGAGAUACACCCGAAGGGGCUCAAGAGGAAAUGGGCUGCCCAGUCCCACUCACAGUGCUCACUGCAGCCUAUACAGAACCAGGACACUGCAAGCACUGAGCUCAGAAAAGAAGGCCAAGAAGAUUCGCUUCUACCGCAAUGGGGACCGCUACUUCAAAGGGAUUGUUUAUGCCAUUUCACAAGAGAGAUUUAGGUCUCUAGAAGCACUCCUGGCUGACCUCACAAGGUGUCUGUCAGACAACGUCAACUUACCCCAAGGAGUUCGAACCAUAUAUACCAUUGAUGGGAUGACAAAGAUCACCAGCAUGGAUCAGCUGGUGGAAGGAGAGAGCUAUGUUUGUGCAUCCAUAGAGCCCUACAAGAAGCUGGAAUACACAAAGAAUGUAAAUCCCAACUGGUCAGUUGGCGCUAGGACUGCUGUGUCCAUCCGUGACCCUUCUUCCCUUGGUAGUGCCAAAGCUGGAUUCCCAGAAACUAAAGAGAGCAAGGACUUCAUUAGGCCCAAACUGGUAACCAUUGUCCGCAGUGGAGUAAAGCCUCGCAAGGCUGUACGGAUCUUGCUCAACAAGAAGACUGCACACUCCUUUGAGCAAGUCAUGACUGACAUCACAGACGCCAUUAAGCUGGACUCUGGAGUCGUCAAAAGGCUGUUUACUGUUGACGGCAAGAUGGUCACCUGCCUUCAGGACUUUUUUGGGGAGGAUGACAUAUUCAUUGCUUGUGGCCCAGAGAAGUUCCGUUAUCAGGACGACUUCAACUUGGAUGAAAGUGAAUGCAGGGUGGCAAAGUCUGCAUCGUAUGGCCGACUCCCCUCCAUGCAGGGUCGCUCUUCCCCAAGAAGUGGUGGGAUGUCCCGCAGGAGCAAGUCUCCCUCAUCCACUGGUUCCGCUAAUGGCACUGCAGGCAGUCAGCUGUCCACACCCAGAUCUGGAAAGUCUCCAAGUCCUUCUCCAACCAGUCCAGCUAGCCUCCGAAGACGACAGGGAUCUCAGCACAGUGGUUCUUCACUCUCUCUAGCUUCUACCAAGGUUUGCAGCUCGAUGGAUGAAGGAGAUGGGCCUGGCAGUGAAGGUAGGAUUUUGCUUUUCUCUACAGCUGAGCCAAUGGAUGACUACCCUUCAGUCCCUGCCUCCAUAGCAGAGAGGUACAAAGUGGGGAGAACUUUAGGGGACGGAAACUUUGCUGUGGUCCGAGAGUGUGUGGAGAAAUCUACUGGAAGAGAGUACGCUCUGAAGAUCAUCAGCAAAGAUAAAUGCAGGGGAAAGGAGCACAUGAUCCAGAAUGAAGUGUCAAUCCUUCGACGUGUGAAACAUCCCAACAUCGUACUUUUAAUUGAAGAAAUGGACACCCUGAGUGAUCUUUAUCUUGUGAUCGAGUUGGUUAAGGGGGGUGAUCUCUUUGAUGCAAUCACCUCUUCUAACAAAUACACAGAACGAGAUGCCAGCUGUAUGCUGUUCAAUCUGGCAAGUGCCAUCAAAUACCUGCACAGUCUCAAUAUUGUUCACAGAGACAUAAAACCCGAAAACCUGUUGGUCUAUGAGCACAACGAUGGUAGUAAAUCUCUGAAACUAGGUGACUUUGGCUUGGCUACCGUUGUCAACGGGCCCCUCUAUGCUGUGUGUGGCACACCCACCUACGUAGCACCAGAAAUCGUGGCUGAGACAGGAUAUGGCCUCAAGGUUGACAUUUGGGCAGCUGGUAUCAUCACUUACAUACUGCUGUGUGGCUUUCCUCCAUUCCGUGGCAGUGGUGAGGAUCAGGAGGCUCUCUUUGAACUGAUUAUGAGGUGCCAGCUUGAAUUCCCUGCACCAUACUGGGACAAUGUGUCUGAUACUGCCAAGGCUCUGAUCACUGGGAUGCUGCAGUUAGAGGUGGAUCAGAGAUACACGGCUGUACAGGUGCUCGAUCACCCCUGGGUCAAUGAUGAUGGUGUGUCAGAGAAUGAGCACCAGCUGCCUGUGGCUGGAAAGAUCAAGAAGCACUUCAACACCAGGCCAAAGCUCAACAGCACCACAGCAGGAGUGUCAGUCAUUACAACCACGCCACUUGAUAAGGAGAAGCAAGUUUUCCGACGAAGACGCCACCAGGAUGUGAAGUCCACUCCCAACCUCCCACACAGUAUCGGUGCCGGCGCCUCCCACAGUGCCAACCUUGGCCUCUCCCCCACUGACAUCACCUCUGAGUCUGAAGACUAUUCCCCAGGUUCGGCUGACACUGUCCGUUCGCCCAUCUCUCCAUUCUAA